GAAAGAGGAACAGAGGAAAGGAGUGAGUGUGAUGAGAGAUGGGCUCAGUCUGUCAAACAUCCAAAACAAGGAAAUCGUCAUGCGAGUAAUGGCGAUUCUUCUAGCAAACUCGCUUUACUUCUGCUAACACCAACCAGCACCGCAGCUUGUUAAUUCUUCUCAUACUUGACCUCUGGAACCAGCAUAGCCAUGUCAUCCCGAGUGUUGCUACGGCAACAGCUGAUGCGGGAGCAGGCUCAGGAGCAGGAGAGGAGGGAGGCGCAGCAGCAGGCAUCUGUCCCUCAGCUCCGCCCUGUAGAAUCCACUCCCGCCAUCUCCGUCACGGUGCCACCAAUGGCUGCCCGGCCUUCUCCAGCUCAAGUACCGGUGGAGGUUCUGAAGGUGCAAACUCAUCUUGAAAACCCAACUAAAUACCACAUCCAGCAGGCUCAGAGGCAGCAAGUGAAGCAGUACUUGUCCACCACACUAGGAAAUAGAGUUGCCACUCAAACUCUCGGUGUAUCCCCCGUUCUGCAGUCAAACUCUGCUCCGGAGAGGGGCCUCUCUGCAAGCAGUGCUCCCAACAGCCCGAUGGCACAUCUUAACCUGGGCUCCAACAAAGAAGAGAUGGAUGAUGUAAUCGACGACAUCAUCAGCCUUGAAUCCAGCUUCAAUGAUGACAUCAUGUCCCUGAUAGAUUCUGGCCUGCAACUCCCAAACACGCUACCAGGCAACCUUCUGGAUGUCUACAACAGUUCUGGCAUGGUGACCCCCACCAUCACCGUCAGCAAUUCUUGUCCAGCAGAUCUGACUAAUAUUAAAAGGGAAUUAACUGACGUAGAUACCAGAGCCUUCAUGAAGGAGAGGCAAAAGAAAGAUAAUCACAAUCUCAUUGAAAGGCGGAGGAGAUUCAACAUCAACGACCGAAUAAAGGAAUUAGGGGCUAUGAUUCCCAAAUCCAGUGAUCCGGAGAUGCGUUGGAACAAGGGAACCAUUUUGAAGGCUUCUGUUGAUUAUAUUAGAAAACUUCAGAAAGAGCAACAGAGGGCCAAAGAGAUUGAGAUGAGGCAGAAGAAACUGGAGCAAUCCAACCAGGCUCUGCUGCUCCGCAUACAGGAAUUAGAGAUGCGAGCUCAUCAUCAAGGCUUCUCCACCACUAUGUCUCCAGGCCUGAGUGCAGACGCUUCCUUCCUUCAGCAACAGCUCUUACAAGGAAACCAGUCCAUGCAGCCUGGCUCUGGGGAAGGCCAACCUCAGAGCCACCUUAGAAUAGAUGGAGUCAUGACACAGACGUCCUCUUCUCCCUUCCUCGCAAUACCUUCCUCCAGCUCUCCGGCUGCUGCAGCAGUAAGCGGCCCUCUCGAUCUGGAUACAUUUAGUUUUGCGGAUCUGGAUGACCCUACGGCCUCAGAUCUUUACCCUGAGGUGGGUUUUAGUGACAUUCUGAUGGAUGACGGCUGCACGAUGCCCACCUUCAGGUCUUCAGAUCCGCUCUUCUCCCCGAUAUCCCCUGGAGCCUCCAAGACCAGCAGCCGCAGGAGUAGUGUGACUAUGGAGGAUGACUUGUGACCGAACUGACUACUAUAUGUAUUUUAUUUGUGUGGGAUGCCAUGGGAUGUUUUUAAAGAGAGAUGGAUCACCCAAAAAUGAAAAUUCUGUAAUUUACUCCUGCUCAUGUCAAGCCUGUAUGACUUACUUUCUUCUUUGGAACUUGAAAGAAGAUAUUUUGAGAAAUGUCUCAGUUUUGAAAUCAGUGGUUACCAGAACUGAUUGGUUACCAAUUGUCUUCAAAAUAUAUAUUUUUUUUGUGUUCUGCAGAAAUGUCCUUUUUUUUUUUUUUUGGUGGACUAUCCCUUUUAGAAACACUCCAUGUGUUGUGCUGUCAUAUCUCCAUAAAAUAGUUAAUUGAAAAAAUUAACUACCAUUUAAUUAACAGUUUUGUAGGCAGUCAGUGAACUCAAAGGUUUAUCCCAAAUUUGAAACACACCCAAAACAUAAGGCCUUUUUGUAGCUAGAAUUUAAGACAUUUUAUCCUAUCUAUGCAUAGCUGUGUUGCUGUAAGGGUAGAUCAUGUGACGUUUAUUAAUGUUUUAGAUGUGUUUUAGACAUUCAGAGCAUGCACGUGCACAUAUAUAUACAUAUAUAUAUAUAUAUAGAUAUGAUUUUGAAAUGUGGUGUGAGUAGUUGCACUAAAGGGAUGUUUUGGAGUUGAUUAAUAGCAUGAACUAAUUUUUCAUAUUAUGUUGAAAAUGUUCAAGCAGUAUUUACUGCUUAUAUCAGAAAAUUCUAUUUUUUAACAUUCUUUGCUUGUUUUACUUUCAGCCAAGUACUUGUGUAUUUACUACUAACUGGUUGGAAAUUUCUGCAUUUUAUUUGUUAACACUUCCUUUUAUGUUUAGAUAAUUUGACCUUCUUCAAUGUUACAUUGCUAAACAAAUAUGUGAUGGUUCAGGUGCUCAUACAUGAUUUUUAGUAACAAUUUACUACAAGGUAAAAUUUGUAUAAAUUCAUUAGCAUUACUGAAUGCAUCAGGUAUCAUGAAAAAACAUCAAAUUAGUUCUAGUUUUACUAGAAGUUAAUUUCUACAUAUACUAAUACAUUUUAAAAUAAUAUAUUGUAAUGCAUUCUUAAAAAUUAUAAAUAAAAAGUAAUUAUGGAUAAUGCAUGGUAACAAUGUACAGUAGUAUAUUUAUAGAUUAACAUAUAUGUUGUUGAAAUUGUUGUUCAUUGUUAGUUCAUGAUACCUUGUUAAUGAAUUUUGCAUAAAGUGUUACAGAUUUUUAUGUUGUGUAGAAGGAAACAAGCCACAUAAAUGUCAUGCACAAAUAGCUUUUCAGGUAUAAAAUUUUACAAGCUACCUCUGCUUAAAUUGCUUUUUUAACCAGAUGAUCUAAAUCAGCAUUUUGUUAGAUGCAGCUAAAUACACGCUUACCAACGAAGAUAAAUGUUCUGACAGUAAACUUGCACGUCUGUAUUGUGCUCAGAAAAAUGACAUUUAGACUACUGCCUGUGAAAGCCAAAUGAAGUUUAAUCUCUUUAGCAUAAAGGAACAAAAAUUAUUUGUUUGGUUUGUAAAUAUAGAAAAAUUUAUACAAAUCAAAGGUUUAAAAGUUCUCUAUUAAUUCUGCAGCAAUUCAAAUGAAUGUAUAAUAUAUAAAACUAUGAUUUAAAGCUAAAUGCAUACUUGUAAAAUGUAUUUAAAAACUUGAAUGUGAAUGUGAUUAUGCAAUAUCCCUUUUUUCUAUAUCAGGCAUGGACGUUUGAAGUGAUUUAAGUCACACAGCAAUAAUAUUUUUUUAUUGUUUCGAGUGCUGACAGUACUGUCCUUAGAAAUAAGCAUUAGUGUGUCUUAGGACAUAUUUCCACUUAUUAAACCUAAAUUGCCAGUUAUUGUUCUGCUGCUGGUGUGUGUCAUUGCCUUUACUUUCAUUACAUCUGUAUUCAAUUAAAGGGAAGUUGUUGUUCUUUUUUUGUAAACAAGGUUUUCCAAAGCACUUAAUUUAUAAUUGAGAGAAAAUGUAUUUUAAUUAGAAUUCCUGUGUGUUGGUGGUCUUUAAUUGGCUAAAAUAAACUGAUGAGAAUAAAUCUCAUUA